AACCAUUCGUUACGGAGCUCUCGUGCGAGUCGGUCGGUAGAUAUUGGUCGGUGGUUCGUUCUUUGCGCAUCGUGUGUCCCAAUUCGGACUACGGUCUCUAACGACUAUUCGUAGUCGGCGUUUUCCCGUUCGAAUUUGAUAUUGUGGAAAAAUGCCUGAGGACGUGAGCAUGACGGACGCCGGCGAGGUGGAGACCUUCGCCUUCCAGGCCGAGAUCGCUCAGUUGAUGAGCCUGAUCAUCAACACCUUCUAUUCGAACAAGGAGAUCUUCAUCCGAGAAUUGAUCUCCAACUCGUCCGAUGCAUUGGACAAAAUUCGAUAUGAAUCUCUCACGGAUCCAUCCAAACUGGACACUUGCAAGGAAUUGUUUAUUAAGAUCGUACCGAACAAGAAUGACCGUACUCUGACGAUCCUUGAUUCUGGUAUUGGCAUGACCAAAGCCGAUCUUGUAAAUAACCUGGGUACCAUUGCCAAAUCCGGUACAAAGGCAUUCAUGGAAGCUCUACAGGCAGGUGCUGAUAUCUCCAUGAUUGGACAGUUCGGUGUAGGUUUCUACUCGGCGUACCUCGUGGCCGAUAAAGUCAUCGUGAUCUCCAAACACAACGACGACGAGCAAUAUCUGUGGGAAUCUUCCGCUGGUGGUUCCUUCACGGUUCGUCCCGACAAUGGUGAACCGAUCGGACGAGGUACCAAGAUCAUCCUUCACAUUAAGGAAGAUCAGACUGAAUAUCUGGAAGAGUCAAAGAUCAAAGAAAUCGUCAAGAAGCACUCGCAGUUCAUCGGCUAUCCCAUCAAGCUCGUCGUCGAGAAGGAGCGUGACAAGGAACUGAGCGAGGACGAGGAGGAAGAGGAAGAGAAAAAGGAAGAAGAAAAGUCAGAGGAUGACAAACCUAAGAUCGAGGAUGUCGGCGAAGACGAGGAGGAGGAUAAGCCCAAGGAAGAGAAGAAAAAGAAGAAGAAGACCAUCAAGGAAAAAUACACUGAAGAUGAGGAGUUGAACAAGACGAAACCUAUUUGGACAAGAAAUCCGGAUGACAUCACGCAGGAAGAGUAUGGCGAGUUCUACAAGAGCUUGACUAACGAUUGGGAAGACCACUUGGCUGUGAAACACUUCUCCGUGGAAGGACAGUUGGAAUUCAGAGCACUGCUGUUCAUCCCGCGUCGUGCACCCUUCGACCUGUUCGAGAAUAAGAAGAGAAAGAACAAUAUUAAAUUGUACGUACGUCGCGUCUUCAUCAUGGACAACUGCGAAGACCUGAUUCCGGAAUAUUUGAACUUCAUCAAGGGCGUCGUAGACAGCGAGGAUCUGCCUCUUAACAUUUCUCGUGAGAUGCUGCAACAGAAUAAGAUUCUGAAGGUCAUUAGGAAGAAUCUUGUCAAGAAGUGCUUGGAGCUCUUCGAGGAAUUGUCGGAAGACAAGGAGAACUACAAGAAGUGCUACGAGCAAUUCAGCAAGAAUCUGAAAUUGGGUAUCCACGAGGAUAGCCAGAACAGGAAGAAGCUCUCAGAGUUGCUCCGCUAUCAUACUUCCGCAUCCGGCGAUGAAAUGUGUUCACUCAAAGAUUACGUUGGUAGAAUGAAGGAGAGCCAGAAGCACGUCUACUACAUCACUGGCGAGAGCAGAGAGCAGGUAGCCAACAGCUCGUUCGUAGAACGUGUGAAGAAGCGUGGCUUCGAGGUCGUGUACAUGACUGAGCCUAUUGACGAGUACGUCGUCCAGCAACUGAAAGAAUUCGAUGGAAAGCAGCUGGUAUCCGUUACGAAGGAGGGCUUGGAACUUCCGGAGGACGAGGACGAGAAGAAGAAGCGCGAGGAGGACAAGGCCAAGUUCGAGAGCCUCUGCAAAGUUAUGAAGGAUAUCUUAGAUAAGAAAGUGGAGAAAGUUGUAGUAUCCAACAGAUUGGUUGAUUCUCCCUGCUGUAUUGUCACAUCUCAAUAUGGCUGGACAGCGAACAUGGAGAGAAUCAUGAAGGCGCAAGCACUCCGUGACACAUCCACCAUGGGAUACAUGGCCGCGAAGAAGCACCUCGAGAUCAAUCCUGAUCAUCCUAUCAUGGAGAACUUGAGGCAAAAGGCUGAGGCGGAUAAACACGAUAAAUCGGUGAAAGAUCUAGUCAUGCUGCUGUUCGAGACCGCACUUUUAUCAUCCGGUUUCGCACUCGAAGACCCGCAGGUGCACGCUUCCAGAAUAUAUAGGAUGAUCAAGCUAGGUCUGGGCUUUGACGACGAGGACACGUCGAACGCAGAGGACGAGAAGAUGGACAUGGAAGUGCCCACGUUGGAGGGUGACUCAGAGGAAGCAUCGAGAAUGGAAGAAGUGGAUUAAACUGCGAAUUAAAUUUACAAUAAGACUUGUCGAAUAUAAUAAAUCUCGAAUCCAAAGACUUUCCUAGAUCCGUGAAAAGCGAGAGACUGUUUUCUUUUUUUAUUUCAAUGUUCGAGCGGCUCUUGUAAGUUUUCUCGUUUCAGUGUCGACAGAAUUAGGUGUUCAUUCACUGUGCUGAUCGCUGUAUCGAUUUUACAGAAAUCUUUAUCUAGCAUACGCGUCUCGCACACAAUUCUAUCGACAAGCUAGCUUACCGUUUGAUUUCAUCGAAAUA